AUGGUCAAGAUCUCGGACAAGAUCAAGAAGGCGGAGCGCGAAGGCAGGCCAUGGUGGAGCUUCGAGUUCUUCCCGCCAAAGACGCCCGAGGGAUGGGUCAACCUGUACGACCGCAUUGAGCGCAUGCAGCAGCUCGGUCCCAUCUUUGUCGACAUCACCUGGGGCGCAGGCGGUUCGACAUCUGAAGCGACGACCAACUUUGUCAAGACGGCACACAGCGAGCUCGGUCUCGAGACGUGUAUGCACCUGACAUGCACCAACAUGCCCGUCGAGAUGGAGGCUUACGACUCUGGCUGCCGCAACAUCCUCGCCCUUCGUGGUGACCCGCCUCGCGGUGUCGAGGAGUGGAAGCCGACCGAAGGCGGGUUCAACCACGCCAUCGACCUCGUCAAGCACAUUCGCAAGAACUACGGCGACUACUUCUGCAUCGGCGUCGCUGGAUUCCCCGAGGGCCACCCUCAAAGCGAGAGUCCCGAAGCCGAGAUCCGGCACUUCAAGAAGAAGGUUGACGCUGGAGCGGACAUCGUCUUCACGCAGAUGUUCUACGACGCCGACGUCUUCAUCGACUGGGGUCGCCGUCUCCGCGCUGCCGGCAUCACGAUCCCGAUCGUUCCUGGCAUCAUGCCCAUCCAGACUUUCGCCGCCUUCAAACGCCGAACCGACUUUGCCGGCACGAUCGUCCCGAAGGAGCUGUGGGACCUGCUCGAGCCGAUCAAAGACGACGACGCCAAGGUCCGCGAGGUCGGCACUGAGUAUGUCGCCGACAUGUGCCGCAAGAUCCUCAACGCCGACUUGGGCAUCCACGGCAUCCAUUGCUACACGAUGAACCUUUCGCGCGGUACCGAGAUGCUCCUCGAGGAGAUGCAGUUCGUCCCGACCGCCGACCGCGUCAAGCCCCUGCCCUGGCGCCUCUCGCUCACCCAGAAGCGCCGCGCCGAGACGACCCGCCCGAUCUUCUGGUCGAACCGCCAGAAAUCGUACAUCACUCGCACGCGCGACUGGGACGAGUUCCCGAACGGCCGAUGGGGCGACGCCUCUUCGCCUGCGUUCGGAGACGUCGACGCCCUCCUCCUCGCGCUUCCGCACAAGCCUCAAGACGCGAUCAAGCUUUGGGGCAAGCCUCACUCGCUCGGCGACAUCGCCGCUCUCUUCGCCCGCUUCUGCCGCGGCGACUUGAAGAGCUUGCCCUGGUCUGACCAGCCGGCGGCGAAGGAAACGACCCGCAUCGCCGAGCAGCUUGCGCGCAUCAACGAGCUCGGCUUCUUGACGAUCAACUCGCAACCUCGUGUCGACGGCGCGCCUUCCGAAGACCCGGCUGUCGGCUGGGGUCCCAUCCGCGGCUACGUCUACCAGAAGGCCUACCUUGAGUUCUUCUGCCCGCCGGAGCUCGUCGAGCCGCUCCUCGAACUUCUUGGCGACACGCCUUCCGUCACCUACCACGCCGUCAACAAGCAAGGCGACUUCCGCUCGAAUACGGCGCCCGGUCCGAACGCCGUCACCUGGGGCGUCUUUCCCGGUGCCGAGGUCAUCCAGCCAACCGUUGUCGACUCGACGGCGUUCCAGGCGUGGAAGGACGAGGCGUACGAGCUCGGGUGGCAGUGGGCGCAGCUGUACAAGGAGACGGCGCCCGAGACCUACGAGGUCAUCAGUCGCAUCUUUAGCGACUUCCACCUCGUCAACAUUGUCUUCAACGACUACCGCAACAAUGACGAGGACGCCAUCUUCAAGCCGUUCUUCGAGCUCGCGCACCAAAAGGGUCUCUCGGUCGCCAAUGGCCACUGA